CUUGCUACGCACCUUCCUGCCAGGCUGCGCUACAUCCCCAUCACUAGCGCAGCUUCCGCCUCCAGUUCGGACGCCAGCUAUCAAAAGUACGAACGCGCACAUCUCACACGUCAUGAAGUUGUCCGUACUUCGCCAUGCUUGUCGCGGUCUUCCGAUAGCUCACGUCCACCACCACCACCACCAUCAUCGUCAUCAUCAUCACCUCCGUCCCAGUACCGGAGCAUUGGAUUUCGCUCAGAGGAGAUGCCUGGCGGCGGGUCCGAGUGGAAGCCGGCCGGUGGUCCGGACGGCGACCACGGCAACCGGCGGCGCGAGCUCAAAAGUCGCCCCGAGGUUUGGGACGCGGCCAGCCAAAGAAGAAGACGGAAUCGGCUGCGAGAACUCAGUGAGGCAAAUAGUUCAGCGCUCCAAGGAGGCGAUGGUGGCUUUCCAAAGAGGAACCCAAUCAGCGCUUCAGCCUAUGUUAGCCAUCAUACAGGCAGGUGAGGAUGAUGGCUUGCUGGAGGUCAAUAAGAAGAUUGCAAGGAAGAUUGGCUUGUAUGUCAUGCAGAUCUGUCUGCGUAAAGACUGCACUGAGGAUGAGAUUUUAGAGGAGGUGUUGAAACUGAACGAGGACCCCAAGGUGCACGGGGUCUACCUCCACCUCCCACCCAGCUCCUUGACCAACAGGGUGCUCAACACACUUAAACCUGAGAAGGAUGUGGACAGUAUGUCAGAUCUGAACAUGGGCCGUCUGGUAAGGGGGGAUUUCAGCCAAGGCUUUGUGCCACCCAUGGCCAGUGCUGUCAUGGACCUGCUGGAGAGACAUGAUGCUCCUUUAGAAGGGAAAACAGUGUUGCUGGUUGGUGUUGAAGGACCCCUCAGGGUGUCUCUACAGUGCCUGCUGCAGAGAAGAGGAAUGAUAGCACUCAACAGUCAAAGGAGCUCCGAGAGUCUUCAGGAACAGGUGAUGCAGGCAGAUGCUGUGGUCCUCUUGGGGCUGGGCCAAAUGGAUGUCCCUCCCACCUGGGUGAGACCAGGGGCUGCUGUCAUCCAUUGUGACCCAGCGUUGACAACAGAUGAGACGUCCUCACAGCCUGGGCUUUCACACCUCAUUGCAGCUUAUAGGAUGCAGAACGUGGUAUAUGCAAGCAGCCGCUGGCUCCAGGCGCAGCAGUACAGACCCUGGAGACUGUGCAGUCUUAAACUCCAGCCCCUCUCCCCCGUACCCAGUGAUAUAGAGAUAUCCAGAGCCCAGACUCCAAAGCCAGUCGACCAGCUGGCUGAGGAGAUUGGCCUGCUUCCAGAAGAGCUGGAGGCCUACGGAAAGACCAAGGCCAAGGUCCAACUCUCCUUGCUAGAUCGCCUCCACUCACAGCCCGAUGGGAAAUACGUACUGGUGGCAGGGAUCACUCCCACUCCGCUCGGCGAGGGCAAGAGCACAGUGACCAUUGGCCUUGUUCAAGCCCUGUCUGCACACCUCAAGCUCAACUCCUUCGCUUGUCUCCGACAGCCCUCCCAGGGACCCACCUUUGGGGUCAAAGGGGGUGCUGCAGGAGGCGGAUAUGCCCAGGUCAUCCCUAUGGAGGAGUUCAACCUUCAUCUGACGGGUGACAUUCAUGCCAUCACAGCAGCCAACAAUCUUGUGGCAGCAGCUAUUGAUGCCAGAAUGCUCCAUGAGGCAACCCAAACAGACAAGGCACUAUACAACCGUCUGGUUCCUGCUGUGAAUGGAGUCAGGCGGUUCUCACCCAUCCAGAUCGCCAGACUACGUCGGCUGGGCAUCAGUAAAACAGACCCUGGCUCUCUUACAGCUGAGGAGGUCAGCUCCUUCGUCCGUCUCGAUUUUGACCCCUCCAAGGUCACCUGGCAAAGGGUUGUUGAUACCAAUGACCGUUUCUUGAGGAAGAUCACAGUGGGCCAGGCAAGCACAGAGAAGGGGCAACUAAGAGAGACCGGGUUCGAUAUUGCGGUGGCCAGUGAGAUCAUGGCCAUCCUGGCCCUGGCUGACGGUCUUGGGGACAUGAAGAACAGACUGGCACGCAUGGUGGUGGGCACCAGCCGCUCAGGACAGCCUAUCACCGCCGAGGACCUGGGAGUGAGUGGGGCACUGGCCGUAUUAAUGAAAGAUGCCAUUAAACCCACACUGAUGCAGACCCUAGAGGGUACGCCAGUGUUUGUCCACGCCGGGCCCUUCGCCAACAUCGCCCAUGGCAACUCCUCAGUGCUGGCAGACAAGUUGGCUUUGAAGCUGGUCGGUCACGAUGGCUUUGUGGUGACUGAAGCUGGCUUUGGAGCAGACAUUGGAAUGGAGAAGUUCUUCAACAUCAAGUGCCGGGCUUCAGGGCUGAGGCCCGACGUGGUGGUGCUGGUUGCGACCGUCCGAGCACUAAAGAUGCAUGGAGGUGGCCCCAAUGUCUCAGCGGGUGCUCCUCUUCCUAGAGAGUACAUAGAUGAGAACUUGAGCCUAGUGACGGGCGGUUGCCAUAGCAAUCUAAGAAAGCAGAUCCAGAUAGCCCAUCUGUUUGGCGUACCAGUGGUGGUGGCAGUCAAUGUCUUCAAAACAGACACUCAGGCAGAAAUUGACCUGGUGUGUCAGAUCACCAAAGAGUAUGGUGCGUCUGAUGCUGUACCUUGCCAUCACUGGGCACAGGGCGGACGGGGCUCUAUAGAGCUGGCCCAAGCUGUAAAGGAAGCUACCAGCAGACCCAGCAACUUCCAGUUCCUCUACCGCCCAGAGGUACCCAUAGUGGAGAAGAUCAGGACGAUUGCUCAGAAGGUGUAUGGGGCUGAUGACAUUGCGCUAUCCCCAGAGGCCAAGGCCAAGAUAGAUUACUACAACCAACAGGGCUAUGGCACACUGCCCAUCUGCAUGGCCAAGACGCACCUGUCCCUCUCUCACAUGCCUGAAAAGAAGGGCGCCCCCACCGGAUUCACCCUGCCAAUUAGGAGCGUCCGUGCCAGCAUUGGAGCUGGCUUCAUCUAUCCACUAGUGGGCACGAUGAGCACUAUGCCUGGCCUGCCCACCCGACCAUGCUUCUAUGACAUCGACCUCGACCCCAUCACUGAGGAGAUCAGUGGGCUCUUCUGAGCAUGCUCCAGCUGAAGAUAACACUAUCGAUUCCUGGCUCCAAUCUCAGGCUCCUCAACAGAACAAGGCCGUGCCAUCAAACCCAACCAUCCCCAGUACUUUGUGUCAAGUCUAAAUUCAAGUGUAUUUAACGCGUUGCCAUAUUUGCACAUCAGUGUUGGCGGACAAAUGUGGCCGGCUGCAGGACUUUUUCCUGUCACGAUGACGUCAGUGCAUGUUUGCGCCAAAUACUACUACUACUACUUUUGGCUGCUCCCGUUAGGGGCCGCCACAGCGGAUCAUCCAUUUCCGUUUAUCUUACUGUUCGAACGCAAAACUAAUGUCGCCUUAGAAAUAUUUUUAAUGGUGCUUUUAAAGUUACUGAAUUUUUAUGCGUGUCUUAAUGAGGUUUGAACUUCCUUUAUUCCUGAACCAAAGUUCUUGUCACAUGCUCAGAUGGCCAUAGCUGUGUUUACGUAACCUCUGGUGCCCUAACUCCAACGUUUACUGCACUACCUCAGUGAAUUUAAUAGUGUUUGCUAACGCUUGCUUAUUAUACCCUGCUAACGUGUUCAUCGAUGAAAGUUAAACGUGUCGGUUCAAGGCAGUGAAGGUCAGAUUUUUCAAAGACCGCCGUGCGUCCACAUUCAGAUUGGAAAAAAACGUGUAUUCAUAUCUAUCGUCUCAAUAAUGUGCCUCUCUGUGGUUUCCUCAUUGAGGAAUUCUCAUCACAAUGACUGUGAAGACUACAAGCUGUAUUAAAACGAGUGUAACCGUGUCCGUGGUUUAAGUCACUAGCCAUUUUACCAUACGGAGACAUUUAGAACAGUAAUUGAAAGCCUUAACAGCAUCGCAAAGUGAAACACACACUACAGCAACACGUCCGCUCUGAGGACACAUUUUAAUGACGCUUUUGGUGAUUAUGUUACUGUAGCAGAUUAAAAUCUGUGGUUUUAUUUUUCUGAUCCAAACAUACUGUGCCUUUUAAAAAUAAACCUUUUUAUUUAC